AUGUCACAAUUAAAGUUUUUAUUUACUGGUAAUAGUAACCAUACGAUCAGUAGUAAUGUUUUUACUCGUUUAUUUGUUAACAAGCAAAGAAUGUCACAUCUACUUAGUUCAAUGCUAUUCACCAGACGUUAUUUUAGCAAUCAUUUUUGGAGAAAUGAUAAAAGAUUUAUCACUUCUCAUUAUCAUGGACGUUCCUGCUUGGUUAUCAGUCAAAAGAAGUAUUUAUCAUCUACCAGCGAUUAUACAACUGCCAAGAUACAAACAGAUUUAAAAAAAAAAAAGUAUCCACUUGGAUUAAGCGGGGCAGUAUACUAUGCAAAAUAUCCCAAUGAAUACUAUCAAAACAAAUUUGCUACCAAAGAUGAACAUAAAAUUACAUUCAAACACCAAUCAGAUUUACCAGAUUUACCAAUUCCCUCUUUAGAAAAAACUUUAACUAAAUACUUGGAAACGAUCAAACCGUUUGUUUCUAGUAACGAAGAAUGGUUCCAGCAAAUUGAUUUAGUUAAAGAUUUUGAAAAGAAUGAAGGCCCUAUAUUACAAAAAAAAUUACUCAAAUAUAAAAAUAAUUGCGUUAGCAGUAUCAAUAAUAAUAAUUGGUUGAAUGAGCUUUGGGACAACCAAGGUUAUUUGCAAUACGAUGCCCCCAUUGUUCCUUAUGUUUCCUAUUUUUACUGUCACAAACCAUUACCUCACAAAUUAAUUGAAAACAAUAUGUUGUUCAAGGCAACUCUAUUAAUUGAAAAUGUUUUGGAAUUUGUAUCCAAAAACCAGUUUGAAAAAAUACAACCAAAUCCAACAAAAUUUAUUGGCAAGUUAUGUAAUAAUAGUUUCCAUAUGAUGUUUAAUAACUGCAGGGUACCUUAUAAAAAUGGGGAGAUGAACCAAGAUUCCAAUGUUUUUCAUUCUAUUUUCGAGAAUGGAUUCAUUAUUGUUUGUUACAAAGGCAACUUUUACAAAAUUAAUGUUUAUGACCAUUUAAAUAACACUUUUGUUAAAAGACAUGAAAUUUUUUAUCAAUUAAUGAAUAUAAUUUCAACUGGAACUUGUGACGCCACUAAUCAGACAUCUGGAAUUGGCUCGUUGACUUAUUUGGCUAGAAAUAUUUGGCGCAAAGCUUACGCAGAAUUAACACAAAACAAUCCAAUUAAUAAAAACUCUUUGGAAGAAAUACAAAAAUCUAUGUUUGUCGUUUGCUUAGAUGAAUCUAACGAGCCAGUUACUUUGGAGGAAAAAUCACGUAACAGCUGGCACGGUGACGGUAUCAAUAGAUUCAACGAUAAACCUUUACAAUUUAUAGUGUGUAAAAAUGGUACAUCUGGAUGUCUAGCUGAACAUUCUAAAAUGGAUGGAAUGCCAACAUUAUUGUUAAAUGAAUAUAUUUGGAAGAAAAUGUCCAAAGACAUUGAUAAUGAAGUGAACUACAUCGAAGAUUUGGUUAAAUAUCACAACGAUAAUAAUUUAUCAAUAUAUAAGGAAAACACUCAACCAGUGAAAUUACCUUUUAUGAUAACGCCAAACAUUCAGAAAUAUAUAGAUUUGGGCAAACAAACUUUUGAUAAAAAUGUCAGCGAACAUGAUUUAAAAGUUUGGCAUUACAAUAGGUUUGGUAAAAAAAUUAUUAAGCAAAAUUGGAAAAUUUCACCGGAUAGUUUUAUUCAACAAGUUAUUCAACUUGCAAUUUAUAAAUUGGUAGGGAGACAGUUGCCCACUUACGAAGCUGCAUCUACAAGGAAAUUUUUCAAAGGUAGAACUGAAACUAUUAGAUCCGUAACCCCGGAGUCGCACGAAUUUGUUAAAACGUGGUGUCAAAGUACUUCAACACAUCAAGAAAAAUUAGAUAGCUUGCACAAAUCAAUCAAUUCUCAUUCUGAAUAUUCAAAAUUGAGUAGUAAUGGCCAAGGCAUUGAUAGGCAUUUUUUCGGUUUGAAAAAUAUGAUUGAUGAUGGUUCUCAAGUUCCAAAAUUGUUUCAGGACUCAUUAUUUAACUAUUCUAGUACCUGGUAUGUAUCCACUAGUCAAUUGAGUAGCGAAUGCUUUGAGGGAUAUGGGUGGUCUGAAGUUGAUGAUAAUGGAGUUGGCUUAGCUUAUAUGAUUAAUGAAGAUUGGUUACAUAUUAAUAUUGUUACUAAACCUUUAAAAAGUAAGAUUGACGUUAAUAAGUUACAUUAUUAUUUAAGUGAGUCUGCUAAUGAAUUAUUUGAGAUUUUAAAUAAGAUAUGA